ACUCAAGCAGCUUGAACAGGAGUCAGAGAUGCUAUAGUAGUGCGGACGAGAGGUUUUACUGUUCUCAUGCCGCUCGCGUCUCUUUCACAUAUGCGCGUAGAUAUCACAGACUGUAACUAAUUGUGGAUUGUAAAUGAAGAAUAUACAACAGUAGGCACAGACUUAUCACAAUGGAAAGCCAGAUGACCCGCUGUAAGGUUGUUGUGGUUGGGGAUACUCAGUGUGGAAAAACUGCGUUGUUACAUGUAUUUGCAAAGGACUGCUAUCCAGAGAAUUAUGUUGCUACCGUGUUUGAGAACUACACUGCAAGUUUUGAAAUUGAAAAACAGAGGAUUGAGCUGAACAUGUGGGAUACCUCAGGUUCAGCAUAUUAUGACAACGUCCGCCCACUGGCGUAUCCGGACUCGGAUGCUGUUCUAAUCUGUUUUGAUGUCAGCCGUCCAGAGACCCUUGACAGUGUACUUAAGAAGUGGCAGAGUGAGACCCAAGAGUUCUGUCCCAAUGCCAAGGUGGUUUUGGUCGGGUGCAAACUGGACAUGAGAACAGACUUGAGCACUCUGCUGGAGCUCUCCAAACAGAGGCUAAUCCCCGUCACGCACGAACAGGGAAGCACGUUGGCGAGACAGAUUGGAGCGGUUGCUUACAUGGAAUGCUCCUCCAAAGUAUCUGAGAACAGUGUUCGGGAUGUCUUCCAUGUAACAACGCUGGCUUCAGUCAACAAGAUGCACAAACACUUGAAACGUAGCAACUCUAAGCGAGGACUGAAGCGGGUGUCCCAAAUGCCGGGCCGGACAGAUUUGUUGGAAAAUACAGAAAUGAGGAAGGACCGUGCCAAAAGCUGCUCUAUAAUGUGAAGGAACAGGGAGCUGUAAAUGAUCUGUAUUUAUUAUUUGUUUUGCAGCCAAACUGGCAUAAAGGAAGAAAAGAAGAAAGGCUGUUGGUUGAGCCUGUGUUUUUUUUUUGGUGGUGGUGUGUUUUUCUUUUGUUUUGUUUUUUUGGGGGGGGUGUUUUUUUGUGUUUUUUUAACCAUGGCUUUUCUUCAUCCACUAGGCCUCAAAUGAAGUGUCUAGUCUUGUAUGUGAGUCAGUAGUGCAGUGGAGCAGGGCCAUUAACCACACUAAACCACACCGUAAAGUGGAGAUGACUUGAAUGACUGUUGCAAUGCUGGUUGCUUGUGAAAAGAACUUAUCGGAAGAAAGUUUAUACAAGUGAGGAAUGUCUGUGAACUGGUGGAGCAAAGAAGAGAUGAUUUGAACUUCUUUCUGUUGCCUUUUGUUUUCCAAACCAGUGAAUGAACUUCAGCUAAGGAUAUUACUGUCAAUUUCAAGUGUUUGUAUAUUAAAAACAAAAAAGCAUAUGACUGUACAGGAGUGAGCAGUUGGUGAAGGAAGCUUGUCAAGCUGUUUAAAAGUGUUCUGAAUCUUAUUACAUUGGACAUGAUUUACUUUGUUAUUGGAUCAGUCACAUAGAUAACAGGCUUGAUCCAAAUACAUAAAACCAACUUAGUUUUUGCUGUCGUUUUGGAAAAGGGAAAGAAAAAAUAUAUCAUGGGCUGGUCAUUGUUGUUUUUUGAAGUUCUUGGUUGAGUGCCUUUCGUUUUGAAACCAUUUGUAUUGUUUUUUUUUUGUUUGUUUUAUUUAUUUAAGAGUGACAUGAUUGUUUAAAUGGUUAUAUGCAUGGUAAAAUAACAUAAAGGAAGCUUAAGUGUUAAAAGUUUACCAGGUAUACUAACAGCCUUUUACUGUGGUAUUUCACCUGAGUGCAUCCAAAUCCUUAAAGACAAAGCUAUCACAGCCAGCCCUGAUGUCAGAUGAGAAACUGUUUUGCUAAAUUAAUCAUGGAAAAUGUAUUUUGACACCCCAGUAAAUCUGUUAAGCCUAAAUUGCUUUUAUAAUCCCGUUGUUUUAUUACAUUUGCACUAAGGCCAUAUUCAUUUGUAUCCUACUGUAUUUCUGUUUUUAUGGAGAAUCCACAACCCAAACAAGCCACAAGCCAAAUUUGUAUUAUGAUAGGUUUGAAUGGCCAAUCCCCCCAAUAACAGUGGCCAGUCCUUUUAUGUGUCCGUAUUUCAUCCUGCAUACAAUAAAUACAUAAUUGUUCUGUACUGUGCAAAUAUAGAUGCAGGUCAUUUUGUCAGUAUAUGGCAACUUUAAAUACAAUAACAAUGGAUGCCUUGAGCAGGGAUGGGCAGCUGUCACCUUCCAGAAAAGGUAUUUGUUUGAGUGAUGUUAAUUGUUUCAUGGAACCAAUUAGACCACCUUACAGGUUCUAAAGCAAUUAACUACUUUAUUGUACCUGUUAAACCUAGGCCUGAAUUAAAUAAAUAAGUUUAUGGUCCUGCCAUAGCAAUAAGGAGGCUGUGUGGUCCGUGGUUAAAGAAAAGGGCUUGUAACCAGGACGUCCCUGGUUCAAAUCCCGGCUCACUUGCUGUGUGACCUCGAGCAUGUCACUUAACCUCCUUGUGCUCUGUCUUUCGGAUGAUUUGACUCUGCAGCUGAUGCAUAGUUCACACACCCUAGUCUGUAAGUCGCCUUGGAUAAAGGCGUCUGCUUCUGGCAGAGAGAGAAGCCUUGAGCAGGCAUCAUGCCAGGGUCACACCUCUGCCAGCACAUCACGCACAUUGCAGGAUACAAAGCAUGCAAAACAUGCCGUUUACAGAUAGGUUUGUCAUAGUUUGUAUUCUUUGGAGACCGUGGGAAAGGUUUGGCAAGGUAUGUAAUAGCAUGCCUGAGAAGUUUCUCACUCAGAAGAAAUGUUCCCAUGGUGCAAAAACAGAUUCACACCUAGAAAAAUAUUGUACAUUUUGUAAGGGAAGCCAAGUAGAAAUAAGACAUUGCUAAUUGGAUACAAUUAGUUUGUGAAUAUCAUAAACAUGCUCCCUUCUUUAUGUAUUAUUUUUUUUAUCCUGAAUCAAAGCAAAUGUCAAUCUGUAAGUCCAGCUUUUUAACCCCUUUCAAACAGUUUCAUAUCUGCUCUAAUGACUCUUCAGUGGCCCCACAUUUGAUGAUUUGACUAAACUAGUUUCAUCCAGCUAAUGAAUUGCUGAUAAAAACUAGCUCCCAGUAAACAAUGUAUUUUCUGUUUUAUUGAAGCAACAUUCCCUAAACUGAUGAUUCUGUCAAGCAGAACUUGCCAUUGACUGUUUACUUUUGUGACCCAGAAUGGAAAAUUGUUUUUGUGACGUCAUUGUAUAGUAUUUUUCUACAUUUUGGAAAUGCAUAUUUAAAGCAUCUGCGUCUGGAGGGGGUAGGUCAAUGCUGUUUUGGCUUGAUUUUAGGAACAAAUCGAAAAGAUAGUCAUCUUACUGAGACAAAAGUACACCUCCUGAUCUUCUUUAAUUGCAAAUCAUAUGUUAAGACACAUCAAAACAAGAAAGCCAGGGCCAUUGAAACAAAACAAAACGGGCUCAGAACUCCAUCAGGGCAUCGGCACAGCUUCUUCAACCUUUAGCUGAGGGACUACUUACUGUAUGUGGUUAUUUAUUUUUAAGUUUUUUUACAUUCAUUUUAUUGAAUUAAGGCCUACAACAGCACUGCUAUUGUGGUGUGUGAGGGAUUAGUGGGUUUUUCUAGAAUCUGUAAUGGUCCCUUUAUCAAACGUUAGUUGUUGUUAUGAACCCUGGAAAACUACUGAUUCAUGACUUGUGACCAGCCCUUGAUAUCCUACUACAUAUUUAAUCUGUCAUUGCCUUUAGUGUAUUACCAGGAUGCCUUUCUGUGAACAAACUGCUUAACUUUGAUUUUCGCCAUACUAUGCAUAGAGGUUUAUUUUCUGUAUCAAAUGUUCCAGAUUGCUAAAUUUACAGUGUUGAAUAAAUUAUCUGAAUGAAAUGUAUU